UGUUGGGGCGCCUUUUUCCAGGAAUCCCAUUCUCCUCUGGAGACGUUGGGAAUAGUGGAACGACACGGCUUCAGCCCCGAGGGUUUCUUGCUGCUUUCCGUAGUUUAAAGAACCUGAAUUCUCUGGAUAUGUAAUCGGAAAGCAAACGGACAUCGAUUUAUUCAUUUAUAAGAGGGCUCUUCUGUUGGUAAACAGCCUCUUAGGAUGUCUGACGCCGCGUCGUUGUUGUGGUGAGAAACGCUCCCGGCUAAAAGCAGAAGAGACCCAAUCGGUUAGAUGCUCGCUAUGCCUCGCUUAAGCACCGGCCCCAUCUCAAAGGCCAACCCUGCCCUUUUGUGGCUCGUCUGCGUUGUUCUUGGAUUCUCUGCUCUAAACACACCAGCCCAGGCUGAUCCUGAAAAACCUCAGCAUGUGAGCCUGUCAGCUGACUUGGCCAGGCAGCAACUACUCAUAUCAUGGUUUGGAGGAACAGCCACGACCUUUGACCUCAUCAUAUUAAGAACUGAAUUCAAUGAAACUGUCUACUAUAAGGCCAGAGUGUCUGCCACGGUGAAUCGAGCGAGCGGCGAGUACCGGUUUACCUGGACUUCUGUCGUACCUCUGGAGUGCACGUCGCUGUCAGUAGGGGUCCGCUCAAGAGAUGGACAGAAAACGAGCGAAUGGAGCCAAAAUCAAAUACAAGGAAGGGACUUUCCUACUAAUAGUCGUUUCCAGAUGUACCCCCAGGACAGAAUCGUGCCUGUGGGGGCCAACACAACCUUUUGUUGCAUCGUAGAGGAGGGCAAAGUCUUCAAAAGCAUCAAUUAUAGUGGAACAGAAAUAAAAGCAACACGUCUGAGUCGGCGAAGUUACGCCGCUACUGCAGUUAGUCAGACGGCGUCGGGUACAACGGGAUCCAACGUUAUUUGCCUCUCGACGGACAACAAGCUGUCCGGAGCCGUCGUGUUUGUUGGAUAUCCACCGCUGCCCAGUAAUUUUUCCUGUGAGACUCAUGACCUCGUCUCAGCCGUGUGCCAAUGGAGUAAAGGACGAGACACUCACCUGGUUGGCAGAAAGAGAGAAACGGUUUUCUCCAUUAUGGGCAGAAGCUGUGCUGAGAAAAGCCCAGAGCAGAAGUGCACGCUGCGUCAGUGGGAUGGUAACUGGACUCUGGUGGCUGUUAAUCCUCUUGGACGGCACAGCCUCACUGACUCGGCCGAUAUUAGUCACAGAGUGUCUCCAGUCGCACCAGUGAAUCUGACAUCCAUUGCUCAUGCCUGGAAUGCGACUUUAUACUGGGAGUGGACAUACAGCAGUUAUUCCUCCCUGGCUCUUGUCUGCCAGGUUGAGAUAACCUCCCAUGGAAACAAAACAGAGCUCUUCUCCGGUGGGGGUCUCCGAUCCGUGGUUCUGUCAGACCUGCAGCCUGAUGAACAUUACAGAGUCCGCAUUCGCUGUGGAUCCCAGAGGAACUUCUGGAAGUGGGGGAACUGGAGCCAAGUCCUUUCGUUCACAACCAGAGCCUAUGUUCCCAAUCCCCCUGAUGUGUGGAUGUGGAUGAACAGGGACAUCACCGGGAUGGUGGUUUGGAAGCCUCUAACGCGACAGCAGAGCCGAGGUCGGAUGAAAAGUUAUACCGUGACUUUUUGGAACCUUGAAGAAAAGCUGCACACUCAGGUGGUGCCAGCAGACACUUACUCUGUGCCGUUCAACCUCUCGCAAAUGGUUUCAUUCAGCGAUGGUAACAAGGUCGAAGCAAAGGUCGUUGCAAACAACGUGGACAGGUCCUCUGAACCUUCAAAGGUUCCUCUACGUUUGAUCGACGUGGAGCCGCUCGUUUUUUCCAGAGUCGUUUAUGGCGACGGUGGUUUCCGUCUAAACUGGGAGCACAAUGCCAGCGCCACCUGCAGUUAUUUGGUUGAAUGGUACGAUGCCCUGUGCAUGCGUGACUGCGCUGUGGACUGGAUCCCAUUGGCUGCUGGAAGCACCAAUGUGUCCAUCGAGUCAGAGAACUUCCAGCCAGGUGUGAGAUACAACUUCUCCCUCUACAGCUGUCCGUCAGACGCCCCAGAACUAAUUCAGCGUUGGCAGGGAUACACGCAGGAGCUCGUCCCGUCCAGUUCCUGCCAUCUGUCAGUCAGUCAGCAGAAGUCCGACGUCAUCCUUACCUGGAAUGAGAUUCCUCUGGCUGACAGAAGAGGCUAUCUCCGGGGCUACAACGUUUACAUGAAUAAUGGCUUCCAGCUCACACUUCUCUCCAAUCUUUCCAACCUUGGAAUGAGGAGCUACACAGUAAAGGGUCUCCCUGUCGGGUCCUAUAAAUUUACAGUCAAGGCCUACACGUCGGCAGGCGAGGAUUCCGGCACCACCGUUUCUAUUAAGAUGGAGGACACUGACGAUCUGAUUCUGGAAAUUUUGGCUUCUUUGGGGAUGGUGACACUAUUACUGGUCAUUGCUACUGUUGUUUGCUUCAAGAAGAGAAAAUGGGUAAAAAAUGCCUUCUACCCAGACAUACCCGAGCCCAAACUGCCCAGUGAUUGGUCCAGGACGCCGGGACCUUUGGAUGUGAAGCCAUCUCUCCACAGUAUGGUCCACAUUGUAGAAAGGCCCGAGCGGGAUUCUAGCAAGGAUGCUCUCGUUAUCAUUCCUGAAGAGGAUGAGGAUGACGAAGAUCAAGCCGUAGGAGACGAGCCAGUUGACACAGACGAGCCACAGUCGUUACGCUACUACAACGAUGCAGUAGACGAGCGCCCCAUACGGCCGCGUUUCCCAGACUCCUCUUUUUCUUCCGCGUCUUCCGUGGAUUCAGCCAACACGGAUGUGACAUACACGGGGAUCCAAACAUCAUGUUCUUCUCUGGUCUUUCAACUGGAUCCACAGAGCUCAGCGGAGGGCCAUCAGCAUCACUCUAACAGCUGUGGGGGUGGAGGAGGGGUGUACUGGCCCCAGAUGCACCCCACAACUUUAGGUGACACCAGUGGCCCAGCUUCUUCUGAGCCUUUGCUGGACCCCCAGGCUGCUUGCUCUGGGGGAUACAAACCCCAAAACUCCUGGCAUUUGGACUCUCCUACUCAGGCUGGUGGAAACAACAACAGUCUAGGAUCACCCGUCUCCAUUGCUUCCACACAGUUCCUCCUCCCUGAAGAGGAGGAACACGAAGGUGAGAAGCGAGCGUCGGCAACAACGUGGUUCAGCAAUCUGCUGUCAUCCUCAAGACCGUGAUUUUGUCCCAUUUCUGCUAAUAGCAGGCAGGCAGCGAGGGUUAGGAAAAAGGGUCCCAUUCUUUUCUGUUAUCAGCGUCGUGUGUUGGCAAGAAAGGAGAAAAAGAAUCCUUAUUUUUCCCACAAUGUAGCACUACGUCGUUACAAUCAGCACUUUGACUGCAGGCUAGGAAUACCUUUUGGGAGGUUGGUUACUAAAAAAAAACAAUCACAUUAUAAAUUCCUGUUUUCACCCAGAGAUGGAUAUAAAGAUAUAUAAUAUAAAAAAUCUAUUCUGACUUGUCAGGAAACACGGUGAUUGUUGAACUUCCUUUAAAAGCUGGUCCUGUAACAUGCUGUAAUGGGCGUUUCGUAAUGGUAAAUGUGUAUUUGCCCCAUUGCGUCAGCGUUUUAGCUCACAUUUCAUAUAUGUUUAAAGGUGUGGAACACAGAAAAACAACUUUUAAAUUAUUAUUUCCAAUUAUAAUUGGUCACUCUUGAGUUUUUCAUGCAGGCUGAACAUAAAAAUAGUCUCCUACACCCAUCUCCUGCAUUAGCUUCUGUGAAAAUCUAGGAUUUGAAAAGCCUCAGAUCUAUGUCACACUGUCGUUUUAACAUUCAUUGACUCACCCUUUGUGAUUUGUGAGGGGUAAGGCUGUUGUUGGUUUAGCAGCUGAGAAUGUCCCAACUAGCAGAAGCUAACCAUUAGCAUUAGCUGCUCCACAACACUGCAGAACUCCUUCAGGCUUGUGUUAUUUGUGGAGAUAAAACGUUGUUACAAAACAAAUGAGUCAGUGGUAGAGUCGUGUUGCUGUUGGUCAAUCAGAGGAGAGAUGUCCAAAUAUUAGAAAAUAAGACUCCAAAUCCUGCCGUGUUAAGCUCUCCUCUGCUAGUUCCUGAAACAAGCGUCCCCUUGACCCAACCCCGGAUAAGCAGCUGAAGAUGGAUGGAUGGAUGGAUGGAUGGAUGGAUGGAUGGGUAGGUACUAAAACAUAAACUCAUUGUGACAUAAAACACUACAUUUUAUGUUGUUUACCAUCUUGCUCUAUAGACGCUGCACAUGUUUAGCUGGCCGUUGGAGGUUGUUGUCAUGUGAUCAUUUCCACUUUUCAAAAUCUGACAUUUCCAGAGUCGCCUUAAAAAAAAGCGCCAGUGCCCAUUACAGCAUUCAUGGCUUCCAUCACUGGGAGCCUCACGCCUGCUGUCAGCUGAUGAAAAAGACAACACGUCAGGUCAUUAUAAAGGAAAAUAAAACAGCAGUACUGGUGUAGUUUCUGCUCCGAAUGGCUGUUUUUUAAUUACUGUCUAAAACUUGUUCAUUUUAAAAUGCACUUAUUAUGUGACACAAGUACGGGAAUGGUGCUUUCUGUUAUGGUCUGGAAUUCUGUGGGGAUUAAACCCAACAGAUAUGCACUCGAUAUAAGCUAGAACGUCAUAAACUGUCAUUCAACGGUUAGAGUAUUUUUAUUUUGUCUUCCUCAACCCAUAGUGUUUAUUUUCUCAUUCAGGCCAGUGUUUUCUGUUGUUCUGUAUACCUUCCAGAGCAUUAUCAACUUGUUGAUGGUGGGAAACUAUUUUUUUUUAUUAAUUAUGAUUUCUGAUUGAUUUUAUAAUAUAAUGCUUCCAAUGAUGUUUCACCAUAUCUUUUUACUGCCUUAGCCCUAACUAUUUGUUAAAACAGCAAAAGCAGAAAUGCACUGUAUGGGACUGAACUUCCACUGGGGAGCUAAAAAGAAACUGUGGCUUAUUUCUGAUGUUUCUGAAUUGUUUUCAGUCUGCUGUCUACGUUUUUAGUUGUUUAGGGAAAUGGGACCAAGGGGAAAGCGUGCCAGUCUGACAGACGUCCUUCAUCAUCUCUGGUAAACUUUACGUUUUAAGGAUAAUUAUAAUAAAAAUGGUGUCUAAUUUUCUGGAUUUGUUUUGUUGUAUGUCGAAAGUUGAGCCUGAGGUCUGCCACAGCUGACUGUGGUGUUUUAGUGCCUCCAGCCGACAAGCUUUAAAAAUACUGUGACGUAAAAUAUGACAAUAAACUAAUAUAUCUCUUCACAUUAUAUGGGCAAUUAAUGUACUUAGACAUCUCUUUUCAUGUAAAUGUUUUAUUAAUCAGGAAGAAACUAACACUUAUUAAAGAAAAGAGAAAAAAUGUUUUGAAUGAGAUUAGUAGUUUAUUUCAUCCAGUUGUAAAGAGUGUGUAAAGGGUAAAGGGUAUUAAAUGACUGCAGAUUGUCUUUUCCUCUAAUGUGUGCAAUUGGAAACAAGCAUUACUUUAAAGACUGGGUUACAGAAUGUAUGUAGAAAUGGUUAAACAAAUGUGCACCUUUUCACUUUUCCCUAAAUCUUUGUAUUUUGCAAUUAAUUGUUUAUGUUUACUUUCUUGAUUUCUUUGUCCAACAAAUGAUUUUGCAUCAAAUGUAAUUAUUGGUAUCAAAAUGUACAUUCAUGAUGUGCUGAAACACAGGAAGUGUUACUAAAAAACCAUCAUGUGGCUACAAUUAAUUAAAACUGUUUCCCACUUGUUAUUGCCGUCAUAUCACAGACUUAUCUUUUGCCAAAGAUGGUGUAAGUAGGGCCAGGUACUCAUUACCCAAGUAAUUUUUCUUGCAAUUUUCUGUUUUUAACUAUUAGGAAAUAGGUUUAACAAAGAAAACGCUGUGUAACGUCUACAUGUCUUUCCUCCCAACGUAUUUAUGUGAAUGUGAUGCCUAAGCUGUUGCUACAAAGCAAUGGUUUAAGUACAGAUUACACUACAGUAUGUAUCUUUAAAACACUAACACUGACUAACCCAUUGCAUGAUAACAUGACCUAAGGGUUUUUUUUCUUGAAGUGUUGUAAAAUGUAGAAUAAUUUUAAGAUUAUUUUAUUAAUGAACUGAACGGACUACCUGUUGUCUCUGAUUGAACACAAAAAUAUUAGCAUUAAUACCAAAAAUUGCUGUUACCUGUUUAAAGGCAAUAAAUUAGUUUUGUCUUGAAAA